CUCAGUCACUGUGCUAGUGCUGGCUGUAGUGACGUGCCCGCGCCUGGCUCUCUGUGUGGGAGUGUGCCCUGCACCUGGCUCCAGUCUCCCAGGGAUGUGCAGAGAAUGGUGAGCCCUGGCUCCUGUGUGCUCCACUACUCCUUCCCUCCUCAGACAGCCGCAUCUUCCUAGGAUACAGGAGCUGCAGCAGGACCAGGCAUGUACUGGCACUCCUCUCUGCCUUACUUAGGAUUGCUGGCACUCAGCGGCGGUGAUAUAGAUCGUCCUGAAGCUGUGCUGUGUUCCCAGCUGUCUGUGAGAAGAGGCUACUUUUUAGUAGCGGUCGCUGCUUCUGUAUCUCCGCUGGGCCGGCCGAUUCCUCAGAUCGCUACUUAGGUCAGAAAACCUCUCGGUAGGUGCAGUAGACACGGUCCGGAGAUCAACUUCUCUUCUGUAUGCUUGCAGGCAAUCGUUCCUCAGAGGUGGUACUGCAUAUCACGGUGUGCUGGGCGCAGAUUUCCUAAAUAUAAGAACAUCAUUGCACAGAUGAAUGACCUACAAGAUGGCCAUAUAAAAAGCCCUUUGAACAAAAGCCACUUUAAAUAACUAGAUUUUCUGAUGAAUGAAAACUGAUUUCCGUUGAUCUUAUUCAGAUGAGCAGGGCUGUCUGGAUGCACAGGAGAACACAAAGACUGAAGAAGUCCUGAAGAUUGAUGGAGGGCCAUGCUAUUCAAACAGCAGGCGUUGCUGAGACAGAAGCUUUUGGUGCUAGGCAGCCUUGCUGUUGGAAGUCUCCUAUAUCUAGUUGCCAGAGUUGGGAGCUUGGAUAGGCUGCCGCCAAUUUGUUCAGUCGAAGGUAGAUUCAGUCCACAAAAUCAGGAUGCAAUCACUCUUCGUGCUAUGCAGUAUAAAAGAGGACUCUUACAUGAAUUCCGUAAAGGAAAUGCGACUAAAGAGCAAAUUCUCCUACAUAACUUGGUCCAGCAGCUACCAAAGGCGAUCAUUAUUGGUGUGAGAAAAGGAGGAACUCGAGCCUUACUUGAAAUGUUAAAUCUCCAUCCAGCUGUGGUGAAGGCCUCUCAAGAAAUUCAUUUUUUUGACAAUGAUGAGAACUACGCAAAGGGUAUUGAGUGGUACAGAAAAAAGAUGCCCUUCUCCCAUGCUCACCAAAUAACUAUAGAGAAAAGUCCUGCCUACUUUAUCACAGAUGAGGUCCCUGAAAGGAUUUAUAAAAUGAACUCCUCUAUUAAGUUACUCAUAAUUGUUAGAGAGCCAACGACAAGAGCCAUUUCUGACUAUACACAGGUGUUGGAGGGCAAGGAAAGGAAAAAUAAGACCUACUACAAGUUUGAAAAAAUGGCUAUGGACCCAAAUACCUGUGAGGUGAACACUAAGUACAAGGCAGUGAGGACCAGUAUCUAUACAAAGCAUCUGGAAAGAUGGUUGAAGUAUUUUCCUAUUGAACAGUUCCACAUAGUUGACGGGGAUCGGCUAAUCACCGAACCACUGCCAGAACUGCAGCUGGUAGAAAAAUUUCUUAAUCUGCCACCCAGGAUAAGUCAAUACAACCUAUACUUUAAUGCUACCAGAGGUUUCUAUUGUUUGCGGUUUAAUGUUGUCUUUAACAAGUGCCUGGCUGGUAGCAAGGGGCGCAUCCAUCCUGAGGUCGAUCCCUCAGUCAUUACCAAAUUGCACAAGUUCUUUCAUCCUUUUAAUCAGAAGUUUUACCAGAUCACUGGGAGAACAUUUAACUGGCCCUAACGACUACUAUUUUCUACAACACUAUGUGUUGCACAUUGCUUUCAGUAAAGUCUAUAAUAGGACAAUUAUGCACUUUUCUUGGACACCUUGAAUAGAAAAAAAAAUUAAUUUCUUGAGAAAAAUUAAUUUAUGUAUAUGACCAAAUAUUUAAAGGAAACCGUUUCUAUUGAAAAAGAAACAGAUCCCUUCCUUAUAUAUACUGAAAGUACGAUUAGCAUUCUAACAAAAUGGAAAUUUCACUUUAAAAUUUCAGACAAUAAGAAUAGUGGCAAUGUUUCCUACAGAAAAGAUCAGCAUUCCAUUAUAUCACUUACCCACAGAUGCCUCAAUAAAACAUGUAUGUAUAAUCGUAAACUAGCCAUAUAGGUACCCAUAGGUAUUAGAUCAGUGUCACUUAAUGCAACAGAUUUCAACAGGAUCAGCACAGAGUUCAUGUACAUGGGUGCCUUCAGGUGUCUGCUCCAUUUUUCAGCCUAAAGGGGUUGUCUAGCGAUACAAAGAUUUUUGCAAAUGGGACAGGCUGACAAACAAAAACACACACAGAAAAUACCCAAUCAUUGGUCCCAGAGGUAACCCGGCUUGGGUUGAGUUGGGGACCAGGAAGUGGAGAUCUGCAGUGAAUGUUGGAAUUGCAGUAGUAGGGGAUUGGUCAAGUAAGUAACCAGCAACGGGUCCUGCUGGCCUUUAUUGAUACAUCUCUUCUUAUACCCACACAAAGAGACAUCUACCAUAAUAAGUGAGCUUGUCCCUGUCUCCCUCUUUCAUACAGCCCAUAGUUUGGGCAUCAUAAAAACACUAGAAAUAGACAUUUAGAUAAUAUUUUAUUCAUAUGAACAUUUAGCUUUCAGCAGCAUGAUAUGUAGACCCAAAAGGCAACCCCAGGCAUUCGCUAAUACUAUCUGCUCUUGUCCAUUUUUGCCCUAGCUAUAUAGAAUGCAAAGCUAUUGCUGCGUUAUGUGACUGCAGACUUCCUUUCACCUCCACAGACAAAAGCAUGCAAGCUUAGUUGGAUUCCGUGUUGAAUCCACUUAAAAUCCAGGUGAAAAGCACAUCCUUCUGUUUUCUAAGAGAAAUCAAACUGUAAUUCUUACAGUGCAAUUUUUUUCCAUUGCAAACAUAAAAAAUGUGGGUUCCAUGUAGAAGCUGCAUCAAGUAGCCUGGGUGAGUAUUAGCCACAUUAAAUAGGCAUAAUCUACAUCAUACAAGCUGCAAAUACAGAGCAGAACUUAAAGGGAUACUCCCACCCUAGAUAUCUUAUCCCCUAUCCAAAGGAUAGGGGAUAAGAUGUCUGAUUGCGGGGGUCCCGCCGCUGGGGACCCCCGCAAUGUUGCAUGUGGCAUCCACCUGUUUCUAGGGUCUAGGUCGCGUCAUGGUAACGGAAGUCUGUGAUGUCAGGACUCCGCCCCAUGUGACGUCACUCCCCGUCCCCUCAAUGCAAAUCUAUGGGAGGGGGACGUCACGCCCCCUCCCAUAGACUUGCAUUGAGGGGAUGGGGCGUGACGUCACACAGGGGCGGAGUCCUGACGUCACGGACUUCCGUUCCCGUGGUCGUGACCCAGACCCUCCAGUGUUUCCGGACAAGAAACAGGUGGGUGCUGCAUGCAACAUUGCGGGGGUUCCCAGCGGCUGGAACCCCACGAUCAGACAUCUUAUCCCCUAUCCUUUGGAUAGGGGAUAAGAUGUCUAGGGUGGCAGUACCCCUUUAAGGAGCAUGUUUAUGGAAAGGCAUUUCAGAUUUCACAUUAGAUUGAAUGGUGUUCAUUCUCCUACACACAAUGUCUGCCUUAAAGGGGUUGUUCUAAAAUUAACACUUAAUAGAAGAUAAUUGUAUGAGUGCAAUCACUGGGACCUUCUACAAUCUACAGAACGGGGUUCCCAAAGAAUGGGCCCAUGUGCUUUCACUUCAUUUACUUGCUAUGGGACUACCAAAGAUAGGCUAAGUGUAUUUUCACUUAUGCAGAUGAGUACUGGCUGUCUUUGAUAGUCCUAUAGACAAUGAAUGGUGCAGCAGUGUGCAUGCCCAUCUGCAGCUUCAUUCUGACAGUAGCAUUUGGAACCUUGUUCACAAGAUUGGUGGAAGUUACAGUGGUCGGGUCACACAUCCCCUAUCCUUUGGGCGGGGAAAAGCGUUAAUGGUGCCACAAAUCCUUUAAAACUACAUUGUGAAGACUCAAGCAUACACGUUGAUAUGCAUGUAGGCAUAAAGAGUAUAGUCAGACUACAUUGGCAAAAGCUAAUUUUAAAGCAAUAUAUAAUAACAUUUGGUUAAAUAAACCUAUGUAAGCCAUUUACUCAUGAUCACUUAGCUUACAAUGACUAAUAGUUCCCAUAGAUAAAAAGAAUAUUGACAGUACUACCAGAAUAGACUACUACUCAAUGUAAUACUUUUAUUUAUUGGUGGAAAGAUCAACGGGACAUACAUAGUUUUUCAACACUGACACAACAUGCAGUCCUCCAGUUUAAGUGUGUUUUGCCUUUAAUGAUCCUACUACCAACUUUGGAAUGAAUAUUAAAGGGCAUGCACAUACAAUGCAUUUAAAAAGUUUUCACUUUUUUCACAAAUUGUUAUGUUUGAAAAAUAAAAUAAAAAAAUCCCCUUGUGAUUCUGCACUUGAUACUCCAUAAUAACAAAGUAAAAACGGAAUGUUAGAAAAUAAUUUAUAAAAAAUAAACAUGCCAAUGUAAUAUUUUAGUUGUUUAAGUAUUCAACCCCAUAGUACUAAAUUCAAGCUCCUUUGACUACUUUGGCUGUAAUUACAGCCUCCAGUCUUUUUGGGUAUAAUGACAAAAGGUUUGCACACCCGGAUUUGGGGAUUUUCUGUCAUUAUUCACUGCAGAACCACUCAAGUUCUGUCAAGUUGGAUGGAGACAGUGGGAGGACAGCCAUUUUCAGAUAUCUCCAGAGGUUUUCCAUUAGGUUUAAUUCAGAGCUGUGGUUGAGCCACUCAAGGACAUUCUAAGUUGUCUCUGCUGUGUGCUUAGGGUCUUGUUGGAAGGUGAACCUUUGGCCCAUAUAUGGCACAGAGCACUCUAUGUUUUAUUAACAAUAUGUCUGAAGGAAAGUUGAAAAGAGAAAAGUACAACCAUGACCAGUCCCUUUUUGCCAGCCAUUAAAAAAAACACCCCUACAAUAUGUUUGCUGUCAACAGCAUGCUUCAUGUAGGGAUGGUAUUGGGCAGGUGAUAAGCAGUGGCUGGUUUCCUCCAAACACAACGCUUAGAACUGAGGCCAAUAAGUUCAAUCCUGGUUUCAUCAGACUAUAGUUUCUCAUAGUCUAAGAGUCCCUGCAGUGAUUGUUAACCUUCUCAAAAGUUUCUUCCAUUUGCACUUUGAACCUCAGCCAAAGUGACCAUUGGGCUCUUGCUUAUAUUUGUUACUAAGGUUUUUCUCCCCUGAUUAUUUAAAUUAACAAUUUUGGAAAGUUCUUCGGUACAUUCAGUGCAGCAGAUAUUUUUUUGUACCCAUCUCCAGACCUAUGCCUCCACACAAUCCUGUAUCUGAUCUCUAUAGGCAGUACUUUCCAUAUCAUGGCUUGGUUUAUUUUAUCUGAUAUGAAUUGUCAACUGUGAGACCUUUAAUGGACAGGGGUCUGUCAAAUCAGAUCCAAGCAUCUAAAUUAACCACUACAAUGUAGGUGCAGAAACAUCUCAGAGACAGUCAAGAGAUAUAGGAGUCCCACAGAUCUAAGCAUCAAAGCAAAGUGUCUGAAUAUUUGUUCAUGCAAAGUAUUUUCUUCAUGGGGCAUUAGGUGCAGAAUUGGAAGGACUUGAUAUUUUUGAUUCUUUGGCACAAGCCUUCAACAAAACAUGACAAAAAGUGAACGGAUCUGAAAACUUUCUGAAAGCAUUAUAUUUGCACUGAUUUAUUUUAUUUUUUUUACUUUACAAAUGGAUCGACAAUUAAAAAUAUAAACAAACUCUUGAUGUACAAUAUGGUACCACUAUGUAUCUCCAUUGUUCCUGGCAACAACCAAUCAUUGUGUAGUCUGAUCCCCGGUCACAUUUCCAUCCUUUCAUUACCUACUCCUUGCUAACCUUUUAAUAUACAUUAGCAGGAGGUAGGGGACAAAUUAAAGGGAGCAUGACCAGCCGGGUCAGACUACACAGGGUCUACUUCUAGUAUUUUACCAAGGAGACUUACAGGUCUUCAUAGGAGCUGUAGAUACAAAAGGAGUUUUUUUUUUUUGGAUGCAUUGGAGCAAUAAGAAUAGAUGACUUUUCCUUUGCAUUCCAAAUAGCUUUGGAUUUCUUUUUAAAAGUAUAUGUAAGAAAGCACAAACAGUUUUUUAUUUUGACUGAACACACUUCGUAAUGAUUGUGGAUAACAAUGCUUCUCCAGCCCAUGCAAACAGUUCUCCCCAAACAGUAUUUAAUGCAAACAAGAGUAGAGUGUAUAAUAGAAAUUUAAAUACAAAAUAAUAUAUGCUGUGUACAUCAAACACAAAAACCAGAAGCAUCCAUUAGGAAUAAAAGACAUGACUUUAUAUGCAAUGCAUUCUAGCUGAAAGAAGUUUUCUAUAUAUACAUAGAGAUUACACUGAGUUAGAUCGGUCUACGAGAGAUAUAUACAAAUGAAGCAGCAGGUUUCUAUAACUUACUGUCUGUUUCAUUAAAGGGGUACUCCGGCGCUAAGACAUCUUAUCCCCUAUCCAAAGGAUAGUGGAUAAUAUGCCUGAUCGUGGGGGUCCCACCGCUGGGGACCCCCGUGAUCUUCCACACCGCACCCCGUUAGAAUCAGCCCCCGGGCAUUAUCCCUUUAAGAUACUAAGCCUUUACUGUCAAAAGAUUCUACUAUUUUCAUAUAAAUAAAUCAGUGCUCGUCUUAUUCUUGUUCCAAAGUUACUGUGGUGAAUUUGCACUAUAAUUUCUUGUACAGGUACCCGUCACUUGUAGCAUGUUGACAAAAAGAAAAAGAAGCCCAGCUAUCCCCCUCAAUGCGUAUUUGUCAAAAGAGACGUUCUGUAAAUAAUGUAUAUUUUAUUGUACAUACUGUUUCACAUUAAGUAAUUAUAUUUUGUAAAACUGAGUAUGACUCAACUUUAAAUUAUUGUGAGAAGUUUUAUUGUGGUAACUUAAAAUGGAAUGAAUUAAAAUCACUAAAUGUGGA